AUGCAGAAAGUAUUAUUGGAAUUAUUACUUUUGUCAUCAACAGCAUUGGCUGUAAUUGGUGAUGGGUUUAUUGUUUUACCUGUUGAUAAAAUUCAAACUGGUGUUGGAAGUUCAAAUUUCCCAAACAGAGUUCCAAUUUUUGACCUUGUUGAAGGUGUCUCAAAAAGUUUUCAACAAGAUGUAGAAAAUAUUAACAAUAUGAUCCAACCUAUAUUCGGUAAUGGUGUUUUUACUAGUAAUAGUAAAUAUGAAAGUUCAAGUGAUGAUAAAGGAUCAAGUUGGAAAUUUGAAGCCUCUUAUGGUUAUUCUUAUGAAGGUACCACACAAACAAUUGUUUACAACAAUGGUGUUCCUACAACUCUUGGUGUACCAGCUCAAUCACAAUCAACUUUACCAGUAUCUAAUAAAGAUCAAGUUGAUACUUCGUCUUCUUCCUCAUCAUUGGCUUCCGGUGAACAAAAAUCUCCUUCUACUACUGGUCAAAGCCCAACUACUACUCCAUCAGCAACUACUAUUACUGCUGGUACUACUGUUACUGGUGGAUUCCCAGGCAAUUUACCACUUGGUUUAACUGCUAUCCCAACUGAAUUUUGGAGAAUCCUUGGUUUACUCAGUUCUGCCACUCCAACAGCUACUAGUGAGUCGGUUGCUGCUACUUCUGUUUCCAGUACCGUUCAAACUACUUCUUCAUCAACUUCUUCUGUCGUCACUUCAUCUUCAGUAGCUGCUUCUUCUAAAAAGGAAUCAUCAUCUGCUGCUGCCGCAACUUCUUCUUCAUCCACUUCUGUUCCAACUACUGAACAAUCUUCUUCCGCCGCUGAAGCCACUUCUUCCGCUAAAGCUAGUUCUUCUGCUACUUCUUCUGAAAAAGAAUCUGAAUCUGCUUCAUCAUCUGAAUCUGCUCCAUCUAGUGAAUCUUCUACUCCAGUUCAAAGAGAAACCGGUGCAUUUUUCCUUACCUUGGAUAAUGCUCAAACUUUAUAUUAUGCUACUUUGAAAGUUGGUACUCCAGAACAAGAAGUUCAAGUUAUGAUUGAUACUGGAUCAUCUGAUUUGUGGUUUAUUUCUCAUGAAAACUCUCAAUGUAAAUCUAAUGGUGGUUCCGUUGAUUGUUCUAAGUAUGGUACUUUUGAUUAUCUGAAAUCUUCAUCAUGGCAUGAUAAUGAAACUGAAUAUUCAAUCAGUUAUUUUGAUGGUGAUAAAGCUACUGGUACUAUGGGUCAAGAUAAUAUUACUUUUGCUCCUGGUUUCUCUUUAGAAAAUGCCAACUUUGCAGUUAUCAAUAACACUUCUUCUAAAAUUGGUGUUUUAGGUGUUGGUUAUCCUGAAUUGGAGGCCGUUAAACCUAAAUAUGUCAACUUACCAUUUGCCAUGAAGGAACAAAACUUGAUUGCUAAAGUUGCCUAUUCAUUAUAUUUGGAUUCUCGUCAUGCUACUCAAGGCUAUAUUUUAUUUGGAGGUAUUGAUCAUGCUAAAUAUACUGGUGAAUUGAAAGCUAUUGAUAUCGUUCAAUCUAAUGGCAAAUAUGUCUAUUCCCAAAUUCCAUUGACUGCUGUUGUUUCAUCUUUGAACAAUUACACUGGUGCUUAUGAUGCCCCAACAGUUAAUGGAACUCAUCCACCAAAAGUUGGUGCUGCUAUUUACAAUGGUACUGAUUCAUUCAAUGGUGGUGUUGAUCUCGGUAGUAAACCAGCAUUAUUAGAUUCAGGUACUACUUAUAGUUACUUGCCAAGAGAACAAGUUGAAGCUAUUGUCAGUCUUUUUGGUAAUGUUACUUAUAACGAACAAGGUAAAGCUUAUGAAAUGCCAUGUUGGGUUGGUAAUGAUGGUAAUUAUUUGGAAUUCAAUUUCAAUAAUGAACAAUAUAUUCAAGUUCCAACAUCUGAAUUUGUCAUCUCUGUUGGUACUAAUUCAAAAGGUGUUCAACAAUGUGUUUUUGGUAUGUUGCCAGGUUCCAGUUCAAUCUUGGGUGAUAAUUUCAUGAGAAGUGUUUAUGCAGUCUUUGACUUGGAAGAUAACACUAUCUCUAUUGCUCCAGCAUCUUUCAAUGAUGAACAUCAAAUCGUUCCAAUUGAAUAA